AUGUGUAUUGAUGUCGUGACAAUCGAGUUUAAAGACUGGCAAGUAGUUAGGGAAAAAGCUGGAGGUCUUGAUGGUAGAUUGGCAGUGAGGUCGGCGGCUGGAGCUCCACCAGUAGGACCACCGACACACAAGAUGUACCGGCAACACCGACGUCGCCAAAAGGCCAUCGUUCGAAACCAGCAGCUGAAUCAACGAAAAAGGUCUGCUUAUUCCCGUCAGUUUUCAAGUUCUAGCAUCAACCAUGCCAACUUCCAGCAACAGCGCUUGGCCCGCAUCGAGACGGCCAGACACAAGUCAAGGCGGAAAAUCCAAUCUGUUAAUUAA